AUGGUUCCGGUCACAUUGAAUUCUCUGCCAUAUGAGCUGCUGCUCAUCGUUGCAGAGAAGCUUGUCGAGGACGAACUUUCCCCUAGUUACAAGACCGAGUGUACAUAUGAGACUUCGACCCAACAACUAGAUCGAUACUGGAGAAUUUCGCACCAGCUCGGGAACCGCUACCCUAUCGAACACGAACAAAUGCCAUUUAUACCGGACAAUGGAGCGGCCCUCGUCAGUCUAGCGAAAGCCGGGAAUCGGCGGCUGUUAGGAGCUUGUUACGAGGUUCUCUACAAGAACCCUAUUUCUGGGCGAGGCUUCCUUGCCUUUGGGGAUACUCUGGAAUACAUCAACCUAGCAUGCCAAAACGAAAUGCAACACCUGAAAAUGCUUGAGAGCCCCAAUGAUGGACUUGAAUGGGAUCGCAUGUUGAGAAAAGGUCUAUUUGCAUAUGAAGAUGUCACCUGCAGCGACUUUGCCAAGGCAAUCUUGUUGAAGCUACAAGGCUUGAAGAGCCUCAAUAUCUCCUGCUACAGUUUCCCUUAUCUCCUCUCACUUGUCGAGGCGCACUUUUACCAUUGCGAGUUACUCGAAAACGAAAUUUUGCACGUAUGCCUUCGCUCAAAGUGCUCGUCAUCGACAAGUCUGCGAUGUAACCCUCUUGCCGAAACCGUUGAGACAUGCAUGUCGCUGGUUCGUCGAAGGGCCUGCACAUUGUUAUUAUUAUCCUAUACGCCAGUUUCGGCGGGUGAAAUAUCUCAAGGUGAAUCUGAUUCAUGA